AGUUGGCCUUAUCAUUGAAUACCGGAAGGGAAGAGGUCCUUUUCCCCGCAGACCCCAACAUGGCAAGAGGACCGAAGAAGCACCUGAAGCGCGUCGCAGCGCCAAAGCACUGGAUGCUGGACAAGCUCACCGGAGUUUUCGCUCCUCGUCCUUCCACCGGUCCCCACAAGCUGAGGGAGUGCCUGCCCCUCAUCAUCUUCCUGAGGAAUCGCCUCAAGUAUGCCCUGACAGGGGAUGAGGUGAAGAAGAUCUGCAUGCAGAGGUUCAUCAAGAUCGAUGGCAAGGUCCGCACCGAUGUCACCUAUCCUGCUGGAUUCAUGGAUGUGAUCAGCAUUGAGAAGACCGGCGAGCACUUCCGCCUGAUUUAUGAUGUGAAGGGACGUUUCACUGUUCACCGCAUCACCGCUGAGGAGGCCAAGUACAAGCUGUGCAAGGUGAAGAAGAUUAUCAUUGGCACCAAGGGAAUCCCCCACCUUGUGACUCAUGAUGCCCGCACCAUCCGCUACCCUGAUCCCCUCAUCAAGGUCAACGACACCAUCCGCAUCGACUUGGACACAGGAAAGAUCACAGACUUCAUCAAGUUUGAUACUGGUAACCUGUGCAUGGUGACUGGUGGUGCUAACUUGGGGCGUAUCGGUGUGAUCACCAACAGGGAGCGUCACCCUGGCUCCUUCGACGUGGUGCACGUCAAGGAUAGCACAGGCAACAGCUUUGCUACCAGGCUCUCUAACAUCUUCGUCAUUGGCAAGGGCAACAAGCCGUGGGUGUCCCUGCCCAGAGGAAAGGGAAUCCGUCUUACCAUCGCCGAGGAGAGAGACAAGAGGCUGGCCGCCAAGCAGGGCAGCAGCUAAAACGGGCCACAAACGACCACCCGGUUUUCAAAUAAACUGUUAUUUACAAAACA